AUGGGGCAGCUCGCUGAUCUUGCUGAAGGCUUUGCGGCGAUUGACGCCACGGCAGAGCUCCGGACGAAGGAAUUCGCGGACGCUGCGGAGAGGAUCGUACCGCUGGUCGGCGCCUUAGGCAAGCCGUUCUACUUCGCCAGGGAGGACUUUGAGAAAAAGCAGCUGGACCUGCACUCCUGCGCAACCGAGCUCCCAACCCUCAGGGAGCUCGUCGAGGCGGACCGAGCGGCCGGGACGCUGGAGAAGGCAGGCUCGCACGCCCGCAACCUGGACCGCCUCAAGAACGGCAUCCGAUUCAUGACAAUCCUUAUUCAAGACCUCCUCGACGACCCAAGCGCCAAGCUCUCGGCUGCCAUCGCGGAGGCCUACGAGAAGGCGCUCGCGCCGACGCACCCUACCGCGAUCCAGCUGAUGGUCAAGGCGUCCCUGUGGUUCGUCCCUAAGACGGCUGCGUUCAUGAAGACGGUCGGGGAGAGCCCCGACAGCCUGCACGAGCACGGCCCGAAGUUCAUAGCCGCGGCCAAGCCCGUCGUCGCCGCCGUCGAGGAAAUGCUCGGGGGGCCCAUCGCGCUCGCGCACUGA